AUGUCUUCCUCGGACCAGGCGCAGAGCAACGGCUCUAACAACCCCGUCACCUCGAAUGAGUACUUCCGUUCCAUCGGCCAGCAGGUCGACCAGGUCGCUCCCGCCACCAACGGCGCCUCCGACAGCGACGAUGUCAAGCCCGUCGAGGAGAUCGAAUCCCUCUGCAUGAACUGCCACGACAAUGGCAUCACCCGCCUCCUCCUCACCAAGAUUCCCUACUUCCGCGAGAUAAUACUCAUGUCCUUCUCAUGCGACCACUGCGGCUUCAAGAACAGCGAGAUCCAGGCCGCCGGGUCCGUCCAGCCAAAGGGCACCCACUACGAGCUCCGACUCACAUCCCAGGCCGACUUUGCCCGCCAGAUCGUCAAGUCAGACUCCGCGACAGUCAAGUUUAUCGAGCUCGACCUCGAGGUGCCCCCCGGGAAGGGCCAGCUGACCAACGUCGAGGGCAUCCUCACCAACAUAAUCGACGACCUCGAGUUCGGCCAGGAGACGCGCAGGCAGCAGUCACCAGAAGUCUACGAGAAGGUGGCCGAGAUCAUCGCCAAGGGCCGCUCCAUGGUCGCGGGCGACUCCUUCCCCUUCCGCCUCUACGUCGACGACCCCGCGGGCAACAGCUGGAUAGCCCCCGACCUGCAGGACGGGGUCGGCAAGUGGUCGAAACGGGAGUACCUGCGCACGGAUGAGCAGAACGAGGCGCUGGGCCUGUCGGACACGGCCCCGGCCAGCGGCGACGGGUCCAUCCCAGUGGGCGGCCAGGGCCGGCUGGGCGACAACGACGAGAUCCUGCCGGACGAGGUGUACAGCUUCCCCGCGAGCUGCCCGGGCUGCAUGCACCCGUGCGUGACACACAUGAAGAUGGUCGACAUCCCGCACUUCAAGCAGGUCGUGCUCAUGAGCACCGUCUGCGAGGACUGCGGCUACCGCAGCAACGACGUUAAGACCGGCGGCGAGGUCCCCGCCCGCGGCAAGCGCAUCACCCUGCGCGUCAGGGACGAGACCGACCUGGCCCGCGACAUCCUCAAGAGCGAGAGCUGCGCCCUCGAGUGCCCCGAGCUCGAGCUCUCCGUCAACCCGGGCACCCUGGGCGGCCGCUUCACCACCGUCGAGGGCCUGCUGACCCAGGUGCGCGGCGACCUGCACAGCCAGAUCUUCCAGGGCGCCGACGAGGGCGGCAGCGGCGGCGACUCCCUCGCCUCCGAGGAGAAGGCCAAGUGGGACCGCUUCUUCGAGGGCCUCGACGCCGCCAUCAAGGGCGACCGCGAGUUCAGCAUCGUCCUGGUCGACCCCCUGGCUAGCAGCUACGUGCAGAGCCUGGCCGACGACCCGAGCCAGCCCGACGACCGCAUGACCAUCGAGGAGUACGACCGGACACACGAGGAGGAGGAGGACCUCGGGCUGACCGACAUGAAGGUUGAGGGCUAUGAGGAGGAUGCCAAGGCUGAUGGUGCCCCGGCUGCUUCCUCAUGA